CACCGCACUCCCUCUCCCGGCGCCCAGUGCAGGCGGAAGGAAGCGGCUGUGGGUGACUGUGCAAAGAUGAAUACCCGAGGAUUUGGAUCACAGUUGAAAGAUAGUAUUCCGGUUCCAGAUUUUUCAUCUCAUGGAUCAUUUGAAAGCCAUGAUGCAUUACGUAGAGGCUUUACAAAUGCAAAGAGUGAACUUUUUCCUGUCCAUCCUUUGGAGCUAUCAGAGAAAAAUCUUUCGUUGAAUGAAGAUAAAAUGAAUUUUUCUACUCUGAGAAAUAUUCAAGGGCUACAUGCACCACUGAAAUUACAAAUGGAGUUCAAAGCAGUGAAACAGGUUCAGCGACUUCCUUUCCUUCAUAGCUCUAACCUUUCAUUGGAGAUCUUGAAAGGCAACUAUGACUGCAUUGCUUUUGAGGAUAUUCUGAACGACCCAGCACAAACUGAAGUAAUGGGAGAUCCUCAUGUGAUGAUGGAGCACAAACUUGGUUUAUUAUAACACCCACAUACUCGACUUACCUUUCACAGAAAUGUUUCUUGCCUGUGUCUCCGCAGUUUCAAGUAAACCGUAUUAAAUGGUAGCCGUAUAAUAUUUUGUUUCAUAUACAUGAUCUCUUACCUACCUUGAUGAAAAGACACAUUAAAUGUUUGAAGUAUGUUGACUUUUGUUCUGUGUUUACUGUCAAUAUAAAUGUCUUGUAAUUGGAAAAUUUUAAAAUAUCAGGAAACCAGUAUCUAUUCAGGGCUCUAGUUACUUCAUGUCUGCAUUGUAGAAACCUGCACCCUAAAAAAAUAUAGAAACAGGAUAUUUUUAAAUGGAUUGGAUGUUCUUUUGCAACUUAUAACCCAGGUAUUUGCUGUUGAAACUUUCUCUGUUCUUGAUGACUUGACAUCUUUUAAACAGUGA